AUGCCUUCGAAGCUUCGUGACAGGAGCCCUGAGCGGCACCGAGAGCGCAAGGAGUCUUCAACAGAGGACAAGGAGCGGAAACGGCGACACAAGUCACACUCCUCACGCAAGCCAUCCUCGAAAGAGAAGUCAACAUCACGAACGUCGCUCAACUCGGACAGCUCCCCUAGACGUGCGUCAAUGCCCGGCAUCAUCUCGGAGGAGGACGAAAAUCUGCUAGAAAAGAGCGAGUCCAAGUCUAGCCUCCCGUAUCCUACCUUCUCGAAGCAGCACAGCAAAGAAGCCGUUGGGCCACGGGCGGCGCAGCUGAACAUAUUCACUCCACCUGCUACCGAUGUCAAUGCCUCAAAGGAGAAAUUGAGCACUGCGAGAACGGCCGAUGCACAAGGAGCGCCACCUAGUCCGCCGCUCACGGAGCAGAAUCUCGGUCGAAGGACGCCCAAAUCAAGACCUGUCACCGUCGAGACAAUCACGGAGGAAGACCGGCUGUCGUCCAGCGAUAGAGAUAGCAAGAUUCGGAUACGACUACAGCCAAAAGCUGCUCGCACAAAUGGACAUACGCGCAGUUCGUCCGACUUGGGCUCGAAAGGCUCGCCCGUCAAGACCAGGGAAACCACCGCAUCUCCACUGAAGCCACGAGAUGCCAACGUUGGACCGCAACGAUCUGUCAGCCAGCCGAUGAGAAAGCAGACUCCAGAUGUGGAACGGGAACGAGAACGAGAACGAGAGGACUUCGGCAACAGCAGCUCGGAUGGCACAUCCAUUGCCCCCGUUCAACCAAACGUCCAGCGGCCUGGCUCGAGGAUACCUGGUGCGCGUCCUACUCCGAAGCCAACAACGGUACUCAACAGCGAGCGUCCGUCGCAGAGCAACACACCUGCCAGCAUUUAUCCUUCGCCAGCUUCCAUUGCGCCUCCGCCACCACCUCCACCUCCAGUGUUUUCAAUACCAAGAGUCGACUAUCUACUCCAGAAUGGUGGACUGCACUAUGCUGUGCCUCGCAAUCUUUUGUUAGCUGGAAAGCCUAUGGCUGUACAGCAGGCAAUGACGCCAAGUCAGCAGCCAGUCGUUGUCGCAAAUCUGUUCGAACCCUACCAUCAGCUACUCGAUGAUUUCCAAAGAGUGGUGGCCAAGAACGGCUCCAUCGCUGUGGCAACAGGCUACCGGUCUGUCGCACGCCGACUGCUCGACCGCUUAGAAUCCGUAUUCGCACGCGAUAUUUCAAACGAGUUCUGCCAAUGCUGCAUGUGCGAUGCGGACAACUCGAAAGGCGAAGACGUCCGCGGUGUCAGUUGGGGGGAGAUCCUUGAACUGGUGGCAGGUCGACAAGAGUUGCCCAGCUGGCCCCCAUUCGCUCUUGAGGCUUCUUCGGUUGGGCUAGGCAUUUCGGGAGAGAUUCAUACCCCGAUGCAGAAGCUCGACAUCGAUGUGCCAGAAGAGUACCGUGAGCACUACAUUCGGCAAUCACGAAAGACAAAGCUGUCGGUCGAUAAGUGGUUGAACAGGCAAGGCGACAGCACGACAAGCCCGCCCGAAGAUGUUGACGACGAGACCCUGACAUUUGCAAUGCUAACACAUCUGGCAGCGGACCAAAGACAACUUUUCAAGAAGAUACUACACAUCGUCGACCGCCCACUUGAUCCUCCUCGAAGAGCACCUUCGCCCGAGAAGGGUGUACCACCGCCAUUGACUCCAUCGAUAGCUCCACGUGAGACACCACAAGAUGUUGUGCUGGCUGGUGUCGCCAUAAAACGGCUAUAUAGAUUGAGCCAGCCUCCACGGGAUCCUGAGACCGCCAUCUUCAUGGUCAACAAUGCGAAUCUCCACAAUACCCUUGCCACACUCGCGGCAGUAUCUAACGACGAAUGGGAGAUCCUUACCUCAGGUCGAUUUGAUGGCUUCCUCCGCUCAGGUGCAGAAGACACGAUCGAAGAGACAAAGUGGCCACCGCCUGCUCGCGGUCAAAAUGGACGUGCGAGUGCGAAUGGUCAUGUCCGUGGCAGCUCGAACGGUGCGCAACCAUACCGGAACGACACGCCCGCAAAUACAGCUGCUCAUGGCGCCCCGAUCGCGCUAGAUGAGGAGACGGAAAUCACAACACUUGCCGAGAUCGAGCGAGACAUCUACAUGGGCAUGGAAGUCCUCGAAGACGCUUUCGAGCAGCUACAUCUCAAGGCAGAAGCCAUCCGCCUCACUUUGCGCGAGCGAGCCGCAGGCUUAGCUACAGCUCAACAGCGACGGCGUGGCCUAGACGGCGGCGGCGGAAUCGAGGUACGUAUGGACACACCUCACAGUGGCAUUGCUGCUGGGCUCAGCGGUCUGGAGGGGCUCAGACAGUGGGAGACGGAGAACGAUGAUGGACUAGGCGAUUGGGACGGGAUCAGCGAGCUGGCGCCAGAUGAUAGCGCGAGUAAUAUCUCCAGCAGUCGAAGGAGGCGGCCGAAGAGACGCAACGAGAGAGCCAGAGGGACGCCGAUGAUCGAAGAGGAAGAUCUUGAUGGCGAGAGCGAGGGCACUGGUAGUCCUACCAAGGGAGCUUGA